GGUUUUACUUGACCCUUUUUUGUUCGCUGUGAUUGUGAUUGUGCUUGUGUUUUUUCUUUUGUGAUUGAGAACUAUGGAUGAGGAAGCGAGACCGAGAAAGCAGCAGAAGCUGGAUGCUGAGGGACAACAGCCGGAGGAAAAUAUGGGACCCGCGAUGACCGGCGAAGAAAAAGUUGACGACCAUGCGACAACAGCUACGCACAAUGGAAACGAGAACAAGACUACCUCUGAAAACGACAAUGGCGAGCAUAACGACUCCGAAAUCGCUGGCGACCAACAACAACCCGAAGGCGAAACCAUCGCGCCCACACUGUCGAAAAACCAACUAAAGAAACUCCGCCGCAAAGAAGCCUGGGACGCAAAGGCCGACGAGCGCAAAGCAAAGAGAAAAGAAGAAAAUGCCGCAAAGAAGCAACGAAAGAAGAAUCUACUAGAGGAGGCGAAAAAGCAAGGGAAGGAAGCUGAAGAGGCGAUGCGGAAAAAGCUCGCGUCAACGAGACAGCGGCACCACCAGUCGACGCUUGUCCCGCUUACCUUCAUCAUGGACUGUGGCUUUGAUGAUUUGAUGAUGGAUAAGGAGCGGAUAUCGUUGGGGUCGCAGUUGACGAGAGCGUACUCGGAUAACAGUCGGUCGAAGUAUCGUGUGCACUAUGCGAUCUCUUCGUUUGAUAAGCAGCUCAGAGAGCGGUUUGAUACGGUGCUGAAGAAGACCUAUUUGAAUUGGAGGGGUGUUCGCACUAUGCAGAAGGACUACGUGCAUGCGGCGGAGAUGGCGAAGGCAUGGAUGACAGGUCCUGAAGGAGGCAAGCUGGCCGGGAAACUCGAGGAGCAAUCUGAUGCCAAACCGGAGGACGGGGAGGUUGUCUACCUUAGCAGCGACAGCCCGAACACGCUGACGGAGUUGAAGCCGUACAGUACAUACAUUAUUGGAGGACUGGUGGAUAAGAACCGUCACAAGGCCAUCUGCUACAAGCAGGCGACGGAGAGGGGUAUUAAGACGGCUAAGCUGCCCAUUGGGGAGUAUAUUCAGAUGGCUUCGCGCUCAGUGCUGGCAACGAACCAUGUCAUGGAGAUUAUGCUGCGCUGGCUGGAGACAGGUGACUGGGGGGAGGCAUUCAUGCAGGUGAUUCCUCAACGAAAAGGAGGGAAGUUGAAGGGUAAGGCUGCUGGGGAGGAGGGUAGCCCUACUAAUGAAGAUGCCGAGGGUGUUGAAGACGAUGCCGAUGAUGAUGAUGCUGAAGCUGCCGGAAUUGUUGAGGAGGAAAUUGAACAGCAGGAACUCAGUGCGGCUGCCGAACAGGCAUAAAAAUUUGUCAAUUAGCGUUUAGAUAUCCAAUGUAUAGCCCAUCUUGUAACUAUAGCUUCAUAACUAGUUAGUUAGUUGGAGUAGUGCUUACUCAUCGCACAGCCACAGCGCCACAACACCACCGGUCAAAUGACGGCAGAAUCAAAACAACGACUUUUUUCCUUUUUUCUGGAAAAACUUCUUAAGAAAC